GUGGACCCCUCAGCUGUUUUGAGAGGGUUCAUGGAAUCAUGUUAUUUAUUUAUUUAUUUUGUAACCAUUAACAAUGUAGUAUGGUAGUUGUAAGAGUAUAUUCGAUUCAUUAGUAUAUCAAAGAAGACAGGGGAUCAUGCAUAAUGUAAACGGGAACUGGUAAACCUACAGAAUAAACCCUCCCAAGGCAUUGGAAAGUUUCCUGAUAAUUGAGGCGCUCAUGGGGAGUUUUGUACUGGUGUGCCUUCGUUCCUGGAAGAGGCCAGACUAGUUGGUUAGUGCGAGGAGUGUGCUUUGCCUGUCAUCGGUAUUGCCUUGUCCCUAUCUACAGAGACACUCGGGCUGUAACGGUGUCCGCUAGAAGGGCAUUACGAGCCUGGCCUUAACGUUAGCUGAAACUUGACGCCGUCGAUCCCGGUUGUUGUUCUGUGGAGUGGGUUUAUUUGAAAUUAUAUUCCGAUUACGGUCCAAUUCGGAACGAUCAGAGAAACAGAAGGCUGGGAUUAGACACAGGGGAUAAAUUGGGUGAAAGAGCGCGUAGCGCCGCAGAAUCGCAGUAGGCUACAUUGCAUCAAGUAGUUGUAGCUGAUACAGUGUUACUUUACUGAAAUACCAGCGGGAGACGAUUCAGGAAUUUAUUGUAUUCGAAGUUUUUCGCCAAACCGUUUGCAGUUUUCAAUGACAUUUGUGGGAGGCUUGGGGAAGGUGCACACCUCUGUCUGUGUGUGCUGCCUCCGCAUCAGAUCGGACUGCAUCAGAAUCACAACAACAACAAUAGUCUGAAACUCAAAGGUGAUCCCGGUGCAGUGACUAUCCUGUGUCGUCUCUCUGCGUCCCUGUAUGUCCCCUGGCCUAUCAUAAAGACGCUGAGCUUUGGGACUUCGCUGUUGUAGGACCCUAUGGCUCUGGGCCUUCCAUCCUCCUCCAUGGGCCUUUGGUCACGGCUGGCUGAACGGCUGCUGCUGGGACCAUUGCUGGUCCUGCUGGUGUCUGGGCUGGGCAUGGCCCUUGGUCAGAGGGUUUACACCAACACAUGGGCCGUCCACAUCGCUGGAGGACCAGACGAGGCUGACCGCAUUGCCAGUAAACAUGGCUUCGUCAACCAUGGCAAUGUAUUUGGUGACCUCUAUCACUUCCGACACCGUUCUGUGGAGAAGAGGUCUCUGUCGGAUCACCGAGGGACGCACGUCCGUCUACAAAAAGAGCCUCAGGUGAUGUGGGCAGAACAGCAGGUGGUGAAGAGUAGGAAGAAGAGGGACAUCUACACGGAGCCCUCAGAUCCCAAGUUUACCCAGCAGUGGUACCUGUACAAUACUAAUCAUCGUGACCUGAAUGCCAAAGGUGCAUGGGAGCUGGGCUACACUGGGAAGGGAGUGGUGGUGUCCAUCCUGGACGAUGGUAUAGAGAAGAACCACCCAGACCUUAUAUCAAACUAUGACCCAGACGCCAGCUAUGAUGUGAACGAUGGAGAUCCAGACCCUCAGCCACGAUACACACAACUCAACGACAACCGGCAUGGGACUCGUUGUGCAGGUGAGGUGGCAGCGAUGGCCAACAAUGGGAUCUGUGGAGUCGGAGUGGCCUACAACGCCAAGAUUGGAGGAGUGCGUAUGCUGGACGGCGAGGUGACAGACGUGGUGGAGGCCCAGUCUCUCAGUCUGAACCCACAGCACAUUCACAUCUACAGUGCCAGCUGGGGCCCCGAGGAUGAUGGGAAGACGGUGGAUGGGCCCGCCAAGCUCGCCAAGGAGGCCUUUCUACGCGGAGUGACCGAGGGUCGUGGGGGCCUGGGCUCCAUCUUUGUGUGGGCGUCAGGGAACGGCGGGCGUGAGAAGGACAGCUGUAACUGUGACGGCUACACCAACAGCAUCUACACCCUGUCCAUCAGCAGCUCCACCCAGAACGGCAACGUGCCCUGGUACAGCGAGGCCUGCUCCUCCACCCUUGCCACAACCUACAGCUCUGGCAACCUCAACGAGAAACAGAUAGUGACAACGGACCUCAGACAGAAGUGCACUGACACCCACACAGGCACAUCCGCCUCGGCUCCUCUGGCUGCUGGGAUCAUCGCCCUUGCACUGGAAGCCAAUAAAAACCUGACAUGGAGGGACAUGCAGCACUUGGUCGUGAGGACCUCUCAUCCCGCCCACCUCCUCACCAACGACUGGAAUACCAAUGGGGUCGGCCGAAAAGUGAGCCAUUCAUAUGGGUAUGGUCUGCUUGAUGCCAGUGCGAUUGUGGCUCUGGCUGAGAACUGGACCAACGCUGGGCCCCAGAAAAAAUGUGUGCUGUCCAUGGUGGCAGAGCCCAGGAACAUUGGAAGCCACCUGCUGAUCACCAAGACAGUGGACGGCUGUGUUGGGACAGCCAACCAUGUGAGCUCCCUAGAACAUGCCCAGGCCCAGCUCACCCUCUCCUACAACCGCAGGGGCGACCUGGGCAUCUACCUGACCAGCCCACAGGGUACCCGCUCCACACUGCUCGCUCCCAGGCCUCAUGACUACUCGUCAGAGGGCUUUAAUGACUGGGCUUUCAUGACCACACACUCCUGGGACGAGGACCCUCGGGGGGAGUGGACCCUGGAGAUGGUAAACGUGGCAGGGGCCAGCGACUAUGGCACUCUGACUCAGUUCACCCUGGUGCUGUAUGGUACAGGCUCAGACUCUCCCAGCUCCACAGCCAAGGACCUCUCUCAGCCCAGUAACGGCAGCUGUAAGACUUUUGACCUACAGCAGAUCUGCAUUGAGUGCAAUGGUGGCUACUACCUCUUCCAGCAAGGCUGUGUGAGGGACUGUCCAGCCGGCUACACCGCUGGCUCCCAGCUCCUCAAUUACACCAUGGGGAACUCUGUGGAUCCAGCCUCGGUCCCCUCCUGCCUGCCCUGCCAACCCCCCUGCCUGACCUGCAGCGGCCUCAGCCCCAGCGCCUGCCUCUCCUGCCCCCCUCACAGCCACCUGGACCCUGUGUCCAGCACCUGCCUGCACCUCAACCAGAUCCAGAGGGAGUCCCCUGGCAACUUCAUGGUGGGCCAGGGCAAUGCCGGUCCCCGCCCAGAGCUCAGCUCCCGCCUGCCCGUCACCAUCGCCGUGCUCAGCUGCAUGAUCAUCAUGGCCACCUUCGCUGGGGUGUUCGUUCUGCUGCAGCUGAGGUCUGGAGUCUUGGCCAAACUGCCCUCACUGGAGGAGGCCGGCUCGGGCCUGAGGGGGGGCUUCGGCCUGGGGGGCAGCAGCAGAAUGGUGUCGUACCGCGGUAUCCCUACAGUGUGGGGUGACGAAGGGGUGAACACUGACUCCGACAACGAUGAGUUUGACGUACACAAUGAGAAGACUGCCUUUAUCAAAACACAAAGUGCUCUUUAACCCCCUCCUGUCUUUGUAUUCCUCCCCCCAAUCACUCUGACUCGUCUAAUUCUGGGCUCCCUGUCCUCAUGUUCCCCUCCUCUGGUUUCUCUUUCCCUGUUUCGCUCCCACGUUCUUCCUCUCAUGGGGUUUCAUUCCCCAGGUUUAGUGUUCCACUCUGUAGUGGGUGACCUGAUGGGAGACUGGAGUCACGUGGAACAGGGAUGGCCUGGGCGCGCUCGGCGCUCGCUUCACACUCGGGUGCUUUUCUAUUAAACUGUAUCUCUGUGCCCUUUCGCCCUCAAUCACCAUCAGACAGAGUGUUUUCUGAACACAGCCCAUUUCCCGGACGUCUCCAGGGUUUCCCUGUCACAAUAAACAAACCAUUAUUGUUUGCUCUCUUUUUUUUUCUCUCCAGUUCCAGUGCAGUAUGAGAUUGUAAAUUGGGGGUACACAGCUGUGCGUGUGCGCAGACAGCGAGAUCGGGGUAGGGUCAGGUUCUGAGAAGCCACAGCUUGAGUCCUCAUAGUUCCAGUGUUUUGGUGAAUCAGACCCAGGCUCUCCCAGAGCUACUGUGUGUGUCCAUGCUGCAGUAUCUCUCAGCUCUGGCUGGAUACAAGGCUAUGAGUCAUGAGACUAGCAACACUCACUCUACCCCCAGCACGGAAUUCAGGAGGCGUUCUGCUUAUUCCGAGCGGUUUAGGAAUGCUGGAUUCAUGUGAUUCUGAGGGUUAUAUAAAGUCCCCUGACCUCCGCCCCUCUCUGUUCUCCAGUGGGGGGGGUUCGGACUGAGUGCUUGCUCGCUGCCAGAUCCACAAAGAUAGGUCAGCAGUUCACUCAGCUACGCCUCCACACUUUACUGGGCCUCAGAAUUUAGACCAAAAUAAUACUGCCUCUAUGAUUUGAAACCCCAUUCCCAAGAAAAAAGUACCCAUGAAUAAUUACAUUGGCUUUCCACUUAAGUCUUAUAAUUGCUCAGCUACUGAGGAUGAAAUUGGUAGUGAGAUGUAUUGUGGAUGGGGCUCAGUACUGUAGAAGUGACUUUUUUAACACAAGGGUUCCUGUGGGCUUCUCUGAGCAGCUAUACAGGUAGUGAGAGGAGUGUGUGAUAGAGAGAAGGGUUUUACUCACUGCAGAGGAGAGAGAGAAUAACAAAGUCUGGCCAUGAUUCCCAGACUGGGCACUUCACUCUCCCUACUCUGCUGCUCUCCCUACCUCGUUUCAGUAAGGUAUAUGUGUGUCUGAGUGUGUGUGAGCAGGUGUCCAGUUGAGCAAAGGGAAGGAAUGACCACAUUGGGAAUACUAAGGUUGUGUUUGUAGGCGGAGUUAUGAUACUGGUUGGCCUAUGUAGUUUCCCGUUCCCUGUUCUUUAAAGAUCUGCCUAUGUCAAAGAACUGAGGUUGGCUAUAAUAAGCAAACUUCUUUUAACAUCUUUUAUCUGUCAUUGAGACUUAUCACAGCUUCUCUCCACUCGCCCUCCAGUCGUCAUCAGGGAUGCCGAUGCCAACUAGAGAUAAUCUGUUUCAUAUACUUGCCAAUGAAUUAUAUCCUGAACGACACUACAGCUCAGAUGUGUUCCAAAGGAGUUUUUUUUUCUCUACUCAUACUGUAUCUUUAUUGAAAAACUUUUAAGUUAAUUUUUGGCUGCAUAUCUUUCUUCUACAAUCUGUACCUCAUUAAUUCAUCCAUUGGACAAAUAUUGGAUCCAUCUAUCUUUUUCUUUCUUCUAUUUUUAUGUUGAAGUUAUUUUUCAUUUCCAGCAGAUAAUAGGGGGCUUCACUGAGAGGGGCUGUCAUAGUGACAACGUGCAUAAAAGAUUGAUGCAGCUGCUCAUCCUGUCCUCUCACUCAGAUCACACAGCAACGGCAGCAGAGUAUAUGUGUUCCAUAGCGAUGAUGAAGGAUUAUAUAGGUCAAAGGUGAACGCUUUUCAGAGAAGGAUAUUUCUUUUGAACUGUAGGAGUUUUCCUUACACUGAUUUACACUUCUACCGUAAUAAUAAGACUGAAAUGUCUUUAUCUACAGUGCCAGGGCUGUAGGGCUGCAGUCUCUCUUUCUCUCUCUCCUCCCCUACCCUGUCUUGGCACAAUUUAAAUGUAAUUUAAUAUAUCCUUAUUUAUGCCCUCUGAAUAUAUAGUUUUCAGGAUUGUUUUUUAAAGGGGGGUGAUUCCUGUGCUUUAAAUCUUAUGUAAUUAAAAACAUUUCUGAGGAAGACAGUCUUCCAUACACAGAUUGGGGAGUUGCUAUCCUCUGAGUGCAAAGUAAUGACGGCCAACUUUGAGCAAAAUAUGUAAUUACCACAACGCUGGAAUAGUGUGCCGUUUAACCCUGGCUGAUGUAAGGUGCUGUCGUUGAUGAUAAUGAAGUAACUGAUAAAUCCUAAGAGAUUUUUCUUCCUACCAGAAUUACAGUUGAGCAAUCAUUUUAAUGUCCCAACCCCCCCCCCAUUUACAUUGUUUCCUCUAAAUUGGUCACUUCUGAAUGUGGAAAUCUAUAUUGCAUUAUAACAGUAUGUCUAAGGAAAAAGACAGCUGCUGGGAAGGAGGUUGCGCCCCUUGCAGUGCAGCCUCAAUACUACAGCUGACUGCAGCAGAGAUUCUGGCAUUACCAAAGACAGGGCAAUUUAGACUUGUGUUCAGUACAGUUCUGCUCCAGAUUGCUGAGCCUGAGUUGGGGAGAUGAUGCAAUCUGAGGUUUUCUAUAUGCAUUGAUUCAUAAAUCAGAUGAAUGUCUUUUUUUAAAAUCUCUUUGUUAUUCCUGCUUUUUAAUGCAGAGAGACCUUUCCAUCUCCACCCCCUGCUUGGUGACAGUGGUGGAGCUGAGACAUUCUGUAUGCUGAGAUACAGCGUUGGAUGUGGAGGGAGCAGAUUGAGAAUGUAUCCCAUCCCCAUACACUAAAGGGCUGAAUGAGGCUGUGUGUGUGUGUGUGUGUGUGUGUUAUAACUACAGAAGAAACACACUCAUGGAGGUUAAACAGAGCUCUGGACAUACGGCCCAUCCAGCUCUGUCCACCUCUCCACACCUCUCCUUAUGAAGUCUUUGGCCUGGGGCUACAUAUAGUACCUUACAGAAACAGUGACCUAUGUAAAAGAAUGACUACCUUAGAUGGGACAUAACUCUAAAAUAAGGCCUAUUUUUCUAUAUAUAUAUAUAUAUAUAUAUGGUGCAGUGUAAUGUUCUUGUAAUUUAAACAUUUGUUUUGCUCUUGUUAAAUUUGUCCUUUUUAUUUAAUUGAUAGAUUCUACGAAAAAUAAAGAUCUAUGCAAACUUCA